ACGCCGUUUUUACCGUAAUUGUGGUAAAGCGGUCGCUUCCUCAAAUGGCCUUGCGUACAUGCUCACUAGCACCAGCAUACUCGACGAAAGGGUGACCGGAAAGUACAGCAGUACAUACUUUAUGUGCGUGUGCCUGUCAUACUCCGUCACAAGCCAUCCCAAGCAGCUCACGUUGAAUGCGGAAAGCUUGCCGGUUGCUUGACGGAGGGGCUCCUGGAAAUGAAGUCCUUAAGGUUGGGGCUGACGUUUGUUCGACAUGGAGAAACCCAGUUCAAUAAAGAGGGUCUGCUGCAAGGGCAGGCCAUCGACGGUCCCUUGUCUGAAGUGGGAUUGCAGCAGGCCGAGGCUGCGGGUCACUACCUGAAGGAUGUCAAGUUCUCCAACCUGUUUGUUAGUGACAUGCUACGAGCGCGACAGACUGCUGAAACCAUUGUGAAACAUAACAGUAGUUGUGCUGGUCUGCAGCUUGUGUGUGACCCCCUGCUUAAAGAGAAAAGCUUUGGGAUAGCAGAGGGCAAGCGAGUGCAAGAGGCAAAAGAUAUGGCCAAAGCAGCUGGUCAGUCCUUCGCAACCUUCACUCCUCUGCAUGGAGAGACUCAAGAGCAGGUGAAGCAGCGCGUCAAAGAGUUUUGGCUCAAAAUGGUCCAGCAAGUCUGGCGCGAGCACCAGCUCAACAGAAGCGACAACGAGCGCUCUUCGGCACCUCAACUGGACGGCGAAGAGGCGGAUGACUUCCCUGCCCACGCCCUGGUGGUCUCCCACGGGGCCUACCUGUGCGUGACCAUGCGCUUCCUCGUGGACGAUUUACACUGCCCCGUGCCUGACGGCUGCAGCAGAGGGCGCAUGUUCUCUUUGAGUCCCAAUGCGGGAGUGAGUCGCUUUGUUCUCACCUUGAUGAAGGAGGACGAUGAGGCCUUCAAAGUGUCUCACAUUCAAUGUUUGUUUGUCAACAAGGGAGAUCAUAUUAAGACAUAGCCAACGGAUGCUCAUUUGGCACAGCUAAAACAAGAUGGAGAAGUCGUGAAAACUGCUGUUUACUAUUGAAGCCACACUGAAAAGAGAAGGAAUUUUGGAGAAAAAAAGUCAGGAAGGACAUUUCUGAGUUACAAAAAAAAAUCCAAUAGUCAAGAUUAAAGUGAUUAUUUCAACAAAUCCUUUCAGACUUAACAGUCUUAAAGGGUAGAAAGAAGUUAACCUCUGCUGUUUGGUAUUCCAACUGUAAAAGGAGUCUUGACGAAACACAUCAUCAUCACACACACUCAACCAAGAAAACUAUGCUGGAUCUUUUUAUAGACGCGCCAGUUGAUCAUCUAUUCUUAAAUUGUGACACUAGUUGUACUUUUUAGAACAGGGCUUGCACACUUUUUUUUGCCCCAAGCUCUACAAUUCAAGCAGCCAGCCUCUCGCGAGGGUGGGGGGAGUCGGUCGCAUCGCUGCGACUGGGGUCGAGAAAGCAAGAGACAGACUCUAAAUAGGGAGGCAGUUUACUAGAAUGCGCCUUUAUGUGCACAUGUCAGAAGAGGCCAAGAUUGGUCAAACCUAUUAAAUUAAUCGGCGCGUGUGAUCGACGUGUUGGCCACACCUCAAUUAAGCGACGAGAUGGAUGAUAGGCUGAUGUCUAUUUUUCAGUGUGGCACAGAUUAUUCAAUAAAUCACACCAUGCUCUCAAGUCCAGUCGAGUUCUUUUCCACCCAACUCUCCAGAACCUGGUUUAACCAGUCUUUCUUGGUGCAUACAACAAUUUUUUAUUUUAUUAUUGAUCAAGAGUGAUCAACUACAUAUCAAGUUGUUUUAGCACACGCACUGUAAAUGAUCAGCAGCCUGCAUCGGUUGUUUUAAAAACUAGACCAUGGUUAAUUUAAACUUUGCAUUGGCUCACUGGCCACCUGCUUGUUUAUUGGCGCGAGCGUGGGCAACUUUGUCACAUAAUGACUGUGUGGUUCCGUUGUUCACAGCAUUUAGGACUUUAAAAAGAACACAGCCAAGCUUUAACUGCGGAUUUUGGGCGGAAAUUAGUGAUGUUUGUUGUUGUCAGUUAACACAGCAAGACAAAGUCCAGGUUAUUCGAGCACUGACGUAGAGUGUCAUUUAUUCUGCCUUUCUUCCAAGAAUGUCUCCAUCCCAGUACAACACUAAAUAUGCACGUGAUUUUAUAUUUUAGUCUUUGAUGAGACACCACACGGAGAAGCACCUUCAUGAGAAAGGAAACGCCAUUGUUACACAUGCACUCUGUUGUUGACGUUUUCUUUUGUGAACAUUUGCCCCUUGUCCAAAAUAUGUAACUCCAUGACAGCUGAACUUGCUUUUGAAUGCUGCUGCUCUUUAUUUAGUGCUUAAGUUAGACAAAGAUAAAGCAAAGUCAAUUAAGGCAUACUUGGACGACUUUGGGGUUUAAGAACUGGACCAUCAAACAACCGUUUUGGCAAAAUCAAUGAGACAAUCUUGCUUUGUGGAUUUUUAUGACAAAGAGAAAGGAAAGUCUUUGCAAAGAGAGCAAAAGAUACGAGUCUUAGUAUUCAUUAACUGGAACAAUUUUUGUGUUCUGACAUUUUCGCUUACUGUUUUAUGUGUCCCAAUACUUUAGUGCAAACACAAUGAUAUUAAAAUUAUGAAAGCAUUUGUUUGUCCGUACAUUGCUUUUU